CAGUGCCAUUUCCAACGAGCCCAUUGGAGCUGAAAGUGAGAACAUAUGCCAGUGACCAUGGGAACCCUAAUGCCAGUUCCAGUCGUCCAACAACUAUUCAAAAUUGUCAACCAGACUUGUCCAAAUUCAUCCACCAAUUCCCUUUUCAAGAAAACACUGAGGGGACUUCACUGCAAAGGCCAUCAUCAUCAUCAGAAUCUGAUGUACCAGUUUAUAACAAGGGCUUCUUUAGCUUCUUAUUGCAACCAGAAGAUCUGCAAAGGGGUAGUACUUCGGCAGAAGCCUCGCUUUGUCUUAAACGGGAGGUUCGUUGUAAUGAAAAAACAGGAGAGUUUAUUGAUCUCAACCUAAAGCUCUGAACUGGUGCAUGUCUUGUAAUGACCUCUUUAAUUGGGGAAAUGUAGUGCUCAAAACAAUAUUAGAUUUAUAUAUUAUGCAA